AUGCGGGCCGCGAGGACCCGAGCCUGCGGACAAGCCUCCGCCGACCGUUUUCCCGACGUUGGUAUCGAACGUGCUCGCACACUGCGGCACAACUUAAUAGCAAUACGUAACCGAACGAAGUACACUUUCGCGGUGGUCGCGGCCGGUGACGGCGGCGGGGGCGCGUACGCGAAGCUCGUGUCCACCAGACCGGCGACCUGUACGCUUUCCGAAUUCCAGUGCACCUCCCCAUUGUCGUCCACCGCCGGCGGAGACGACGACGACAACGACGCCGCCGCCGCAACCGCCGCUGUGCGGUGCGUGCCGUCCAUCAGGUACUGCGACGGCCGGCGCGACUGUCCGGACGGGUCCGACGAACCGCAAUACUGCACGCCGUGCAAUAGAACUUAUUACGGCGAUGUCGGAAAAACGUACGAAUUCGAAUUACAUCGUCCGAAACCCGACAAAUUGCCAUUCAUCUGCUUCAUAAAGCUCGUCGCACCAGGUCAUCAUCUAGGAGAUCUAAUACAGGUGACUUUAGACAGUUUCACAAUCGGGCGGUUUGCUUCGUACACGAACGCCGGCUGUCCAGACGGCGACCUACACAUAACCGAAUCGGACAGACCGGCUGUGUCAGGUGGCUGGUGCGGCACAUCUUGGGCGCCGGCCCACUACUACAGCGAGACGAAUUCCAUCACUCUGCUGGUCCGAUUGUACACAUUGUCCAGUCUGGACAACACGGGUUAUAACUUCGACUUCCGGCUGGGCUACAAGAUGCUCAACCGGAACCGCGCGGUCGUCCGGUACGGCGAGCAAAAAAUGUUUGCAAGAGUAAACGAAUCGUUUCACAUGGGUGAACUGAUGGAGGGUACGUACUGUUCGCGGAUAUUCAGCAACUGCGACAAGAAGAGGUGCGUGCUGCAGUCGCCUAAUUACCCUGGGCUCUAUCCCCGAAACUUGACUUGCUACUACGCGAUCCGUCAACACGCGAUACCGUACGGCCACCAGGCGCUAAUAUCCAUCACGCAGCCGUACAGCCGCCUGGUGUCGAUCAAGACGGACCGGACGAAUCCCGAAGGAGCCGACCCAAAGCCCGUCGAACGGAAGGACUGGAGCAAGUGCGACAAUGUACCAGAUUUUGUAACCGUUUAUGACGGAUACACGACCAGAGAUCCAAUUUUAUUGAGGUUCUGCGGAUCCGGAGAAACAGUGCCAGUGACUACGUCUAGUGGGCCUGAGCUGUUAGUUCAGUUUUCAACGUCACCAUAUGGCACUCUGAUGUAUCCGUUCGGUCCAUUACACGGAUUUCAACUUCAAGUACAAGUACACUUUGUGGAAAUCGAAUCGAUCAAGUACACCAAGAAUAAGCGGUGUGAAUUCUGGAUACGGAACACUGGCCGCGGUUGGUUGCACGCGCCUUACCACUCUUUGCCGGAGAACACGACGUGCUGGUAUCACCUACAAGCCACUCCGACUGGUGUUGCGGCUGCAGGAUAUCCGGUAGAUCGUGAUUCCGGCUCCGGUCCCAGGUACAAAGUAUGGGUAUCCGUACUCAAGUUCUACGUGACGGGCCCUCAGACCCGAGACUGCACGACAAACCUGAUGGUGUGGGACGGAAACUUUUCUUGCCAUCCGUUUUGCGAUUCGAGAAACGUCUCGUCGUCCGCGUACCAGCACAACAACAGCACCCUGUUGGCCAACUACUGUCCCGGACAAACGCCAAGGUCUUGCGAUCAUUUCCUGUUGACCCGGCAACAGCGUCCGUGCACGCUAUCCGAAAGUUUUCUGUCUACGUCCCGGUCGCUUACAGUCCAGUUGAACAUUCAACACGCCACAGCUCUCAGACCGGUAUCGUUUAAAGCUCUCUACGAAUUCGUCGACCUGCACCAGGAUGGAAGCUCGUGGCCCGACACUGGAAGCAUGUGCUCCAGGAUUUUCCGGAGGCCCACACACUCGCCUUCUAGUACAAUAGCUAUCCGUUCACCGAAAAACAUAUUUUUCUACGGAAGAGGAGGCAAUAAAAAUUUAAGUUGCGUAUUCAGACUAGAAGGACAGCCAGGUGAUGUGGCUAAGGUGACAAUACUGAAAAUCGGCUCGGGUGACCGGAGCUGUUAUAGCCGUUUGAACAAAGACCGAGGUACUUUACAGUGCGUGGGCGACAUCGGAUCGUCUCUAAGCGUUUUGGAUGAGAUAAACGGCCCAAAGACCAUGCUAGUGCCCAGACACUGUUUGUGUUCAACCAACGCGUCACUGUUGCCGUACUCAUUCGUCACAUUGGGCUCAAAGGCUUCGAUGGUGUGGGAAGUGUCCAACAUGAACUCUACCGAAGACUUCCGACUUCACUACUUCGAGGCCGCCGUGCAGUUCGUCAGGAGAGAGGUGGUGCCGAAACGUUGCGAGGUGAAAAGCAAUCUACUGACUGGGCCUGGCGGCCAUUUUACAUUCCACUCGCAUCACAACACCACGUGCGAAUCUCACUUUGUCAUACUCACCCAGCAGAAGUACACCAACAGUUAUCUGUACGCUAAAUUGCCCGGACUGGCGAUGCCGGAUUCGUCGCACGCGGUGCCCAACAACACACAGCACGUACACUGUCCGACCAAUAAUCGGUUUAUAGUGCACGCCGGCGACACGGUUCACACAGUCAUUUGUCCGGAUCCGUACUACACAGUCGAGGUGUUUUCAGAUGGAUGGCACACCAGAGACGUCAUGUCGAAUUCUUCACGAGACAUCGUCAUCGAGUUUAUUCCAAUCGAUCCGGGUUCGUACACGGUUUCUUGGAUACAACUCUCAUCCAGGAUCCGAGCCGACGGGCCGUACUGCCACAGCCAGUGUCCAGAACUGAACGCGUGCAUCAACGAGUCGCUGUGGUGCGACGGCGUGGAACACUGUCCUUCCGGUUACGACGAAUCGUUCGCGUACUGCAUGCACCUGCUGUACACGCACCUGGUGUACAGCAUCGCGCUGACCGUGGCCAUCGUCAUCGUGGCCGUGUCGUCGGGGCUCACCGUCCUGUGGUUCCGGCGGUUCCGUUCGUCGUCGUCGUCGUCCGCCGCAGCCGGAUGCCGGGGCAUGUCCGCCAAGUCCGCCGAGACGGAGGCCGUCGUGUCCGGGCGCGACGUGGUUUACUGACAUAAGGUCAACGACGUAGUGCACUACGUCGAAUACGAUCGCGUCACCACCGUCUGAUCGGCAGCGGGCAAG